AUGGCGGCAUCUAAUGGAUUCGCGAGAGAGAAAGCUCCAAGAAUCCUCAUCACAGGAGGUCUGGGGCAGCUAGGAACUGGCCUGGCAAAGGUACUAAGAGAGAGGUACGGGCAUGACAACGUUGUUCUCACAGACAUCUACAAGGCUCCCAAAGAUGUUCUCAAAAGCGGACCCUUCCACUACGUCGAUGUCCGGAACUUCAAAGGUCUUCGCGACAUUGUUGUCAAGUACGAGGUGGAUUGGCUGAUACACUUUGCGGCCCUGCUGAGCGCCAUCGGGGAGCAGAAUGUGCCCCUGGCUAUGCAAGUCAACAUUGAGGGCCUCCACAAUGUCCUCGAGGUCUCCAAACAAUACAGGCUCAAACUGUUCAUUCCAAGCACAAUUGGUGCAUUUGGCCCCGACUCCCCACGGAACCCGACCCCUGAUCUCACCAUCCAGCGUCCCCGGACUAUUUACGGAGUAUCCAAGGUGCAUGCGGAGCUCAUGGGCGAGUAUUACAACCAGAGGUUUGGCCUGGACUUCCGCAGUCUCCGAUUCCCAGGAGUUAUCUCGGCUGACACCAAGCCAGGCGGUGGCACCACGGAUUAUGCAGUGGAGAUAUUCCACGAUGCCCUGAAGACCGGACACCACCGCUGUUUCCUGGGACCAGACACCCGGCUCCCAAUGAUGUACAUCGAUGACACCCUCCGGUCAACGGUCAACUUCAUGGAGGUGACCAGCGAGAAGCUGUCCAUGCGGACUUACAAUGUGACGGCCAUGAGCUUCACGCCAAGGGAGAUUGCAGAAGAAGUGAGAAAAUACGUCCCUGAGUUGGAAGUCACCUACUCCCCAGAUGAGAGGCAGGCUAUUGCUGAUUCCUGGCCCCAAGUUUUGGAUGACACCAACGCUCGCCAGGACUGGGGAUGGAGCCAUCAAUAUGACCUGGAGUCAAUGUGCCGUGUGAUGUUCGAGAAGCUCAUCCCACAAUACAACCCAGUGGAUGAUGCUAAAUACGCAGAAACAGAGACAGAGACAGUGAAAAGAGAGGCCCUUUAAGUUGUUUGUUGGAGUUGUCUCCCCUGCAGAGUG